AUGCGGAUUCCUAUCGCAGUGCAGCUUGCGCUGCUCGUCCUUAUCACGACGCUGACGGGAAUCGCCAUCCUCGCCAUUGCAACAUGGUUUACCACCUAUGAUUUUGUGGUGGAUGUUGGGUCGCAAGGUCUCGAGCUCGUGGCGUCCAUCAAGGCGAGUCAGAUCGCAUCGACACUCGAGGUCGUUGAGGUGACCUGCAAGACCAUCUCCACUCGAAUCCUGAUUCAGGCAGCCCUCAAGCGAUACUAUGCCGGCAAUACCUCCGCCAGCAAUUGGGGCAGUUCGACCUUGGAUUUCCAGUCCGCACUGGGUAGCCGAGGAUAUCUCAGCCUGUACCAGGCCGUACUAUACUCACGAAGUGGAGAAAAUGGAGUCUCGCGAUUGCUCAAUGUCACCAGUGACACGCUCCCGGACAUUACUCUGCCCUACACCGACGCCAAUGGGAGCGCCGUCAUGCUGGGAGAUGAGGUCUUCCCCUCCAUGCUCUAUCCAAAUUUGACCUACACCCAGUCCUUCAACGAUAACUCCUCAUGGACCGUACGCGCCUUCCCGGACUAUACGCUUGGUUUGAACACGACAUUGAUGCUUGGCCCGCUCUGGGUCAACGACUCGUUCUCCUUGGUAUCAUUGACCCUGCCCAUUGUGAACAACACCUCCGAUACUGAGCUCCUAGGCUUCAUGACUGUGCUGGCAAGUGCUGCCAACAUCCAGGACGUGAUCUCAUCUCGCGAUGGACUCGGAAACACUGGCCAGGUGCUGUUGUUGGGGCCCUCUCGACCAGAGAACCUGUUUGCCGCAGAUGCUCAGCCUGCAACCGCAACUUCAGCCGCUAACUCUGCCGGAUUGACGGAUGCGCAGGUUCAUUAUGUCUUUGAGCCCACCCCACUGCCCGGUCAGGCGAGCCGACAUCAGCAGAUGACGACCAGUACCCCUUUCGCGCUGUCGAGCUACCCGAUGGCAUUGGAGAUUAUGCUACAGCCAUACGGUCGGGAGAACAAGUCCAUCAGUCGGCUUUCGACAACCAACGAGGAAGGGGCUCAGGUGGCGGUGGGUGUCAUUCGUCCUCAGACACAAUUGGCGGAGUGGAUCUUGAUCAUGGAAGAGACGCAUUCAGAGGCAUUUGGUCCCGUCCUGCGUUUAAGGAAAAUUAUCCUGGCGUGUGUCUUUGGCACGGCGGGUGCCAUCAUCCUGCUCGUGCCACUACUGACCCACUGGGCCGUGGCUCCGAUUCGAAGGCUGCGAGAAGCUGCCCGUAAGUCAGUCGUGCCGCAGAUCCAAACCCCGCCCUCUUCACGGCAAGCAACCAAAGGCAGCAACACUCAUGAGGGCGACGUUGAAGCCAUCGAGGAGCAGCCGGACGAGAAGAGCAGCCCUGACUCGUGGGUGAAGCACAUUCGGCGACCGCUGCAGCGAUUCAACAGCACGGGUAACGUGCUCAGUGCCACUGCUGAUCGGCGAUUCCAGAUCCCGGCGCGCGUGAAAGAACGGCGACAUUUCGUGAGAGAUGAGUUGACGGAGCUUACCAGCACCUUCAAUGAGAUGUCCGAUGAAUUGACCAUCCAGUACAAUCGUCUGGAAGAGCGGGUGGCUGAGCGGACUCGCGAAUUGGAGAAGGCCAAACUGGCCGCCGAAACAGCCAACGAGAGCAAGACUUUGUUCAUUGCCAACAUCUCUCAUGAGCUGAAGACCCCAUUGAACGGCAUUCUGGGCAUGUGCGCGGUCUGCAUGGGCGAAGAUGACCUGUCUCGAGUGAAGAAGUCACUCCAAGUGGUCUAUCAGUCGGGCGACCUGCUUCUGCAUCUGCUGAAUGACCUGUUAACAUUCAGCAAAAAUCAAAUUGAGCAGGCCAUUCAACUGGAAGAGAAGGAGUUCCGCGUUUCCGACAUCCGAUCCCAACUGACCACCAUCUUCCAAAAUCAGGUCCACGAAAAGCGAAUUAACUUUAGCGUGGACUGUUUUGCUGGGGACGAAAUUCAAACUGGUCCCCGGAGUCGUAUGUGCAUCGACGAGGGCCAUGGGCAACCACGGUCCAGCUUGGACGGCAUGCAACCGGCAAAGCUCAUGGAUAUGGUUCUUUGGGGAGAUCAACAUCGAAUCUUGCAAGUGUUGAUCAAUUUGGUGAGCAACAGUCUCAAGUUCACACCCGAAAAAGGAACGGUGGCGGUGCGCAUUCGAUGUCUUGGGGAAACUACCAGUGGCAUUGACCAUGUUGAGUCCCCAACGGAAGGUGACUCGGGAAAUCUGCAACUCCUCGUUGAUCCUUCUCCAAUCCGAAGAAGCGUGCCCGAGAAGGCUCGUCUGCAGGUUGAGACUGCGAACGAGGAUCAGUCAUCCCCAGUUGCCGACUUUCCACAAUUGGCCUUCCAAUUUGAAGUCGAGGACAACGGACCAGGCAUUCCAGGGCAUCUCCAACGGCGCGUGUUCGAUCCAUUCGUGCAGGGUGACUUGGGUUUGAACCGUAAGUACGGAGGUACGGGACUGGGGCUGAGCAUCUGUGCUCAAUUAUCCCGCAUCAUGGGCGGUGUGAUUCUCCUGGACAGCCAGGAGGGGCGAGGAUCUCUGUUCACACUACGGAUCCCGCUCGGGUUCGUGAAGGAAGCUGCACCAAGCACGCUUGCACCCAGUACGCCAGGUUCGCGAACUCCCAGCGUGCUCUCCUUGGAAGAGUUUGCAAACGCGGCACGAACCCCAUCCAAUCAUGGCUCUGUGCGAAACGAGUCAGUUGCUCCGGGAUUCGAAAAGUCAGACAUCCAGCCCCGACUGGUGGGCCUGAGCCAGCCUUUCUUCACACCGACGGUCCCGUCCUCCACGCCGACCGCUCUCCCCAAGAAUCCCGGAUCGAAUCCCGGUGACGUCAAGAAGGAUGAAAAUGCCAAGAAGAUCCGUGUGCUCGUUGCAGAGGAUAACACCGUCAAUCAGGAGGUUGUGAGACGGAUGCUGGCCCUCGAGGAGGUUUACGACGUGACCAUGGUGAAGGAUGGGCAGGAGGCGUUCGACACCGUCAAAGCCAACAUGGAAACUGGUGCAGUCUUUGAUCUGAUAUUCAUGGAUAUCCAGAUGCCGAAUCUGGACGGCCUUCAGAGCACGCGACUCAUUCGUGAGAUGGGAUACUCGGCACCCAUUGUGGCAUUGAGUGCCUUUGCGGAAGAGAGCAACAUCAAGGAAUGCAUGGAUUGUGGUAUGGAUAUGUUCAUGAGCAAACCGAUACGACGACCGGUGUUGAAGCAAGUGCUUCACAAAUUUGCCACUAUUCCCGAGGAAUCUGAGGCUAGCGUAUCAAACAGCGCAUAUCGUUGA